AAUUCUCCUUCACUCCUCUGUUUACAUCCCCAAUCUUUAUGACCUAAACUUUUACCCUAAAAACAAACCCAUCUUCCCAUUUUUGCCACUAAUCUAGAUUAACCAAAACCCAUAACCAAACCCACCUCUCAAAUCAACCCAAUUUUCCCCCAAAUAUCACCCAAAAAAACCCCAAUUUAUCCAAAUCUCAUACCAAUUUUCUUCACUAAAAACAUUAUUUUGCUACAAUUUUGGAAUUUCAAUCUAUUUUUUUUGGGAAAUUUAUAAAAAUAUUUACACCAAAAAAAAAAAAAACCCAUUCACAAAAAAUUAGAUUCAGAAGAUUAGACAUCAGAAGAGGAAAAAAAGCACAGUAUGGUAAAGCGCAGCCAUCGAACGAUUGAGGAUGAAGAAGACAACGUUUCUCCCGGUUAAAAAAUUAAUAAAGAAACUCCCUUUUACCUUCCUCGAAACGUUUCGUAUAUCCCGCCAUUGUUAAUCCUUCUUCAUUUUCUCUCUCCUCUUUCCCUUUUCCUACUUUCUUCAAGCUUUUGGAUCUUCUUCGGGAAAAAAGUAUUCUGUUACCGGUGGUUGACUAAUUUACCGGCGAAUUCUAGGGUUUUGUGGUAUUAUUGUAAAUGGUGGAAGGAAGUGUUGCCGGAGAAUCGUCGUCUACGGCGUCGAGAGCGGCGUCGUCGUUUGUGAAAGUUGGUGACCGUACGAGGUUUACAGUGGAGCUGAGGCCGGGUGAGACUACUAUUGUUUCAUGGAAGAAGCUUAUGAAAGACGCUGCUAAGGCUGAAGGUGGUGCUGCUACCGCUACCGCUGCCACUGCCACUGCUGCUGCGGCUUCCACCGCCGUUGCUGCCACCGCUGCUGUUGCUGCUCCUCAGCCUCCUCCUAACUCCCUUACCGCCCUUGAGUCCCGCCUCGCUCCGGGACAACCUGCUGCAAAUGAACUGAACGAUGCACCUGCUCCUAAUCGUUUCAGUGCCGUUAUUGAAAAGAUUGAACGCCUUUAUACGGGAAAAGACAGCGACGAUGAUGAAAAUCUUGAUGACAUACCAGAUGAUGAUCAAUAUGAUACUGAAGACUCGUUUAUUGAUGAUGCUGAACUGGAUGAGUAUUUCGAAGUUGACAAGUCAAAGACUAAGCAUGAUGGUUACUUUGUUAACCGGGGUACGCUGGAGAAAGUAAAUGAGCCGUUGGAGUCAGCUAAUCAGCAGCCAAAGAAGAGGAGAAGGAAGGAAACAGCUAAGGAUCCAGGUGAAAAUGGUGAUGGUCAGCUUCCUAACAAGCACAUGAAAAUAGGCAAAAAGAGUGCUGGGAAGUUUGCAUCAUCAGCUGACAAGGUUGUUUUGCCUACAUCUCAAGGUGCUUCUUUGAAGAGCUCUGAAGAUGUGAAUUUUCAAAACAAACAGAAAAACAUUGGUGACAGUAAACCUUCUUCGGAUCCUUCUCCGUCUUUGAGGACAUCACAUGGUGAUACAUCCUCAGCAUUAGGAGAGAACAAUGACAAGCAAAAGACUGGUGUACUUGCAAAAAAUCCCAGUACCAAGCUGAAAGCGGCAAGUGAAAAUGGUGAUAAAACUGAGUAUAUGCAUAAAAGUCAAUCCCUAAAACCAAACCAUAUGGAGGAGUCUGAAGUGGCACAGCUGAAGGAUAAGGGUGGCAUACGUGAAAGGAUAGACCUUAAUCUUCCUGUCAGUAAGCACACUUUACAGCCUAUGAAAAAUUCUGUUCUUCAUAAAAAGGAAGGUUCCAGUGGUAAACCCAAAGCUAAUUUGUUGGAGAAGGCCAUUAGAGAUCUGGAGAAAACGGUUGCAGAAUAUAGACCACCAGCUCCAGAUGCUCAAGAUGCUGACUCGUCUGGGCAGUGCAUUAAAAGAAGAUUGCCUCGAGAAAUAAAACAGAGGCUUGCUAAAGUUUCUAGACUAGCGCAUGCAAACAAUGGUAACGUGACAAAGGAACUCCUGAACCGUCUUAUGGGUAUUCUGGGGCAUUGUAUUCAACUCAGAACUUUAAAGAGGCACCUAAAAUUAAUGAUGACCAUGAGCUUGUCCGUGAAAGAAGAAAAAGAUGACAAGUUUCAACAAACGAAGAAGGAGGUUAUUGAAAUGAUUAAAAUGCGUAUUCCGUCUAUGAUGUCUAAGGCUGCUGAGCAACAAGGUGGAGGAUCUGGUGAUUUUCAAGAAGGUGGUCAUUCAGAGAAGGAAGUGAAAGGGCAGCUUAUUAUGGAUACGACAUUAGAGGAUAAGAUCUGUGAUCUCUAUGAUAUUUUCGUUGAUGGACUUGAUGAAGAUGCUACUCCUCAAGUAAGAAAAUUAUACGCUGAGCUUGCUGAGCUAUGGCCUAAAGGAGUCAUGGACAAUCAUGGGAUUAAACGUGCUAUAUGUCGUGCAAAAGAACGGAAGAGGAAACUGAAUGAGAUGAAUAAGGAACACGAGAAAGCGAGGAGGAAGAAAGUGGCAGCUACAAAUACUGAAGAAACUGUUCGUGUUGAGUCAAGUUCAGCUGUUCAAUCCCAGCAGUAUGUGGACGGGAGGGUGGUUUCUGAUCCCACUAUAGCCGUUGUAACUCAACAAAACAGAAUUUCCACAAUGACAAGUACAGCACCUGCAACUUCUGCUCCAAUUAGUACAACUUCAAUGUCAAUCCCCUCAACAAACAUGCCUAACUUUGAACGUUUGAAGCAAGAGAAAGUGAAAGUAACAGUGAUAGACGGGAGGCCGGUUGAUAUGGGAGUAAAGAAAAAGGUUAAAAAGAGGGCCGAAAACCUGAUGAUGGGAGAGUUACCUUUGCGUUUUGAGAAGCCGUCUUCUAAUCAAGGCGAUGAUAGACAAAAGCAGCACAACAAACAUACUGCAGGCCAACUCCAGAACGCUGCUGCUCAUAAUAAGUCCAGUUACAAUGAGUUCCGGUUUGAGCCUCUAACGUGAUUUAUAUACAUCAUCAACAAGUCAACACCGUGAGCGUGUCUGUGUAACAAAGUUGAUUUUUUUAAUUUUUUUUUUUAAAAAAAUAUUUAAUUUUCUUAUUUCUCGCCAUUAGCUCGAUUUGUGUUCAGCAGGUGAGGUUUAGCCAAUUUUGUAAUUAAAGUGCCUUUCCCUUUACCCUUCUUUUUUUUCAGAAAGCUCAGUUUUAAUACUGAGUAGAGGGAUUGUAGAGAUGUAGCUGAUAAUCAUUCAUACAUGAUACACCCUGUUUUUCUCAAAUCGUCUCUUUUAAAGGGCGAGUUUAACUAGUUUCAUAACUAGAUUGCCAUUAAACAAGCUGUUUAAUCUGUUGGAA